CUUUUGUCCGCAGUUUCCAACCGGAGUGCAAUUAUUGUAAUGGUCCGAUCAAAUUAAAAUGGCGACUCUUCUGUCUCCGAGGCAGUGCGAUAGUAAUCCUGCGACACCCGGAGCACAGUCCUUAAAGGAAGAUACAGAAGAGAAUUCGAGCGAUGGAAGCCAGGCACCCAAGAGACGCAGAAUGGGCUCAGGGGACAGCUCGAGGAGCUGUGACACUACCAGCCAUGAACUGGGGCCGACGUAUUUUCCUGCUGAGAAUCUGACUGAGUACAAGUGGCCGCCGGAUGAUUCAGGAGAAUAUUAUAUGCUGCAAGAACAAGUCAGCGAGUAUUUAGGAGUCACCUCGUUUAAGCGGAAAUAUCCAGACCUAGAAAGGAGGGACUUAUCUCACAAAGAAAAACUUUAUCUUCGGGAACAGAAUGUCAUUACAGAGACGCAGUGUACACUAGGGCUUACGGCUUUGCGCAGUGACGAGGUUAUUGAUCUAAUGAUUAAGGAGUAUCCAACUAAACAUGCUGAGUACUCAGUUAUACUUCAAGAGCGGGAGCGGCAGAGGAUCACCAAAGAGUACUCAGUGAGCACUCUAAAUGCGCAAUUGCAGCAGCAAAAUCCUCAAAAGGUUGAAGCCAGCAAAGUACCAGAGUAUAUCAAGAAAGCGGCCAAAAAAGCAGCAGAAUUCAAUAGUAACUUCAACAGAGAGCGAAUGGAGGAAAGAAGAGCCUACUUUGAUCUUCAAACACAUAUCAUUCAAGUACCUCAAGGGAAAUACAAAGUCCUCCCACCAGAAAGGACAAAGACUGGGCCCUACCCAGUUGCUCUUAUUCCAGGACAAUUCCAGGAGUACUACAAAAGGUAUUCUCCUAAUGAGCUGCGCUAUCUGCCAUUAAACACAGCUUUGUAUGAGCCUCCACUGGACCCUGAACUGCCCGCACCAGAGAGUGAUGGCGAUUCGGAUGAUGGCGAAGAUGGAAAGGGGGAUGACACCAAGAAGAACAAGGGCUCAUCUGACAGUUCAACAGGAAACACCUCAGACGGAGACAGCCAGGACAGUGGGGUCCAGUCCAAAGGCAAAAGCAAAGACGCCAUUCCACGCUCCCUCCAACACAAAUCUGUUCCUGGGUACAAGCCUAAAGUCAUUCCCUAUGCUAUAUGUGGCAUAUGCCAGAAGGGUAAGGAGUCCAACAAGAAGGGCAAGCCGGAGACACUCAUCCACUGCUCUCAAUGCCAGAACAGUGGUCACCCGUCCUGCUUGGACAUGAGCGCAGAGUUGGUGGCGCUAAUCAAGACGUACCCAUGGCAGUGUAUGGAGUGUAAGACAUGCACAGUGUGUGAGCAGCCCCAUCACGAGGAGGAAAUGAUGUUCUGCGAUACGUGCGACCGCGGUUUCCACACCUUCUGUGUGGGAAUGGACUCUAUUCCACUGGGUUGUUGGGUUUGUGAUUGCUGCCACAAGGACAUUUCAUCACCCAAGAAGAAAGGCAAAACGCCUAAAAAAUUUAAAAAAGUUUAAUUGAGAAAUGCCAAUCAGGUGCUGUUUUGUGUGUGUGUGUGUGUGUGUGUGUUUGGCAGCUUAUCUUGAUCUGUAACUGAAAGACUAAACAUACAUUCUUUUGUUUGUGUGGGUGGGUGUUUUUUAUUUUAUUUUAUUUUUUAUUAUUAUUUGUUUGGGAAGGCUAAUAACGCACAGCUGUUUCUUUGUUUUGUUUUUUUUUGUUUUUAUAACUCUUUUUGUAAAAUAAAGUGUAAAUUGUUCCCGUAUUGUGGAUCUCUCUUUAGUCAGGACUAUUUUGCUUAUCAUGACCAAAAGGUAGCAAAUGUCUAAAAUAAAGGAAACAAUGGUG